AUGUUUAUCUCUCUAUUUAAUUCGUACAUUUGUUAUUUAUUUAUUCUUGUUAUUCAAACAGUUCUUACUGAUCCUAUUUGUGUUUAUGAUAUUGGAGAUGGAUUAAAAUUCGAUCUUCGAACAUUAGGCUUUGCACAUGGAAAAGGGCCUAAAUACGAUCGAAUAUCUAGUAUAAAUCCAACAACGAAAACAUUUAGUUGGAACGGAUGUUAUUCAUAUUCGAAAUCUGAUCAUGGCAAUUGUACAAAUGCUGCAGCAUGUUAUACCGAUUCAAUUUCGAAUAUGUCAAUAGUUAUCGCUACACAAGAUUUAUUUCAAUUUCAAUAUGCUUACGGUUUGUCUAUACUCACCUAUCAAUCAUCAAACAUUGAUCUAACAGUAUUUUUAAUAUGUCGUGACGAUGAUGAAGAUACAACAACUAGUUAUCAAUACGAUACAACAACAUAUAGUCUUCAUAUUCAAUCUCGAUGUUGUUGCCCAGGGAUAUGUUCUUAUUCUAAUCAUACAAUCAGUCCUGUUAUUAUUCUUAUUAUAAUAAUUAUUACUUCUCUUUUCGGAUAUAUUUUUGGUAGUAUAAUUUUCUUACGAUAUAAUCAUAAUUUAACUAAUUUAAAUCGUUUUUCAUGUUUCCAUUUUUUAUCAUACAGAAGAAAUCCAGAUUCUAUUACUGAUUAUCAAAAUAUAUAA